AUGAACAUGGUUUUGGUGCUACCAUCUGAGUUUUCAACCCCAAAUGGCCAGACCAACGGCCUGGAUAAUGACGUGGCCAAGGAACAGCUUGAUCAAAGGCCAAAGACAAAGGAAGAAUUGUUGGUCGUGGCUUUUAACGAGGUAAAACCUAGAGAUGAGCCAAACAAAUACCGACACUUCAAGCCGUUACACAUCUCAGCUCAUGUAGAGGGUGUGCCCGUGUCCAAGGUCUUCGUUGACUGUGGGGCAACGGUCAACAUCCUUCCCUAUUCCCUGAUGAAGAAACCGGAUAAGUCAAAGGAGGACCUCAUCCCCAGCGAUGUGGUCAUGAGCAGCUUUGUCGGCGAUAAAUCUAAGACUAUCGGGGUGUUGCCGUUAAAAAUCACCGUGGCCGACUAG